AUGAUGAGACCUAGACUCUGUAUAGUGAAUCUGUAUUUUAAAACUGAAGUUAGGGCACUUGGCGCGGCCACAGCGCAGACCCGACUUCACUUGCUCGCAGCUCGCUCCGCGCCCUCUGCAACCAUGUCUGAAAAACCCGAUAUGGCUGAGAUUGAGAAGUUCGGUAAGUCGAAAUUGAAGAAAACGGAAACGCGAGAGAAAAAUCCACUGCCUUCGAAAGAAACGAUUGAACAGAAGCAAGCAGGCGAGUCGUAAUGAAGCGUGCGCCGCCAGUAUGCACUGUACAUUCCACAAGCAUUGCCUACUUCUUUUAGCUGUUUAACUUUGUAAGAGGCAAAGAGGCUGGAUCGAGUUUACAUGCCUGUGCUACCCCUUUUCACAUCAAAGAAUGGAGAACUACUGACAACGCAGGCCGCGCCUGCCUCUCCCAUCUGCCUGUGUGGCUGGCAGGGAAGGCAAAGAACUUGCAUGUUAGUGAAGGAGGAAGCUGGGUGGGACGACAGUGAAAUCUAGAGUAAAAAGCUGGUCCAAGGUGUUCUGUGGGCUGUAAAAUGCAGUUUAAUCAGAGUGCCAUUUUUUG